AUGUGCAUACAAAAUCACUGCGCCUGGUGCAUCUGCGCAGCCGUUCCGUCGUCCUGUUUCACGCGUAAAGAGGCGGACCUACUGCCUCCCGCUGUUUUUAAAUGCUUUAAAGAAAAGCAGACAAUCUCGUGGGAGCUAACAGAGGUCCCGUCAACUUUUAACGAGCUCGACAGCCUCUUUGAAGUCUGGAAAGCUGAACAUGGGAAGAGCUACGACUCGUCCAUUCAGAAUGAGCUUCGCAAAGGCAUUUUUGAGAUCAAUGCACGCUCUGUGGCUGCGCACAAUAGUAAGACCAACAAAAGCUUUACGAUGGAGCUCAACGAGUUUGCAGACACGACGUGGGACGAGUUCCAGACCUGGUACUUGGGAACUCCGCAGGAAUGCUCAGCUACAACGACUGUAAAUGACGUGACAUAUGGUCAAGUCCCUGCGGAAAAAGACUGGAAAGCUGAUGGAGCAGUGUCUCCCGUCAAAAAUCAGGGCAAGUGCGGGUCGUGCUGGACAUUCUCUACGACAGGAUGUCUUGAGAGCCAUGUGAAGCUCAAACAUGGCAAGUUUACGAUCCUAUCGGAGCAGAACUUGCUGGAUUGUGCACAGAACUUUGACAAUCAUGGCUGCAAGGGAGGACUACCGUCACAUGCCUUCGAGUACGUUAAGUACAAUGGAGGCUUGGACAAGGAGGACACCUACCCUUACGAAGCAAAGGAGGGUAAGUGCAAGUUCAACACCUACCAUGUUGGUGUGCAAGUGAAUCAGGUGGUGAAUAUUACGUCGCGCAAUGAGAAAGAGCUGGAGGCUGUCGUGGGCUUGAUUGGCCCCGUUAGUAUUGCCUUUCAGGUGGUAUCCGACUUCCGUUUCUACAAAUCUGGAGUGUAUGAGUCGACAAAAUGCCGCUCAGGUGAGAAGGACGUCAACCAUGCAGUUCUGUCUGUGGGUUACGGCGUUGAGGACGGCAAGAAGCACUGGAUUGUUAAGAACAGUUGGGGUUCCAAGUGGGGCAUGGACGGCUUUUUCCAGAUCGCACGGGGAAGCAACAUGUGCGGCUUAGCCGACUGCGCGUCGUACCCUGUGGUGGUGUAA